UUAGCCAUGUAACCAUGUUUGUAGCCUUUGUUAAGUUUGUUUGUAGCCCACCAUAAACCAAACCAACUUAGGUUUUGUUGGUAUUGUAGGAAGUUUCUUUUUUUCUGUACAGUAGUACUAAUUUCCAUUUAUUAUGUGGUACUGUGUACUGUAAACUGAUAUUUUUAGUAAGUAGUUGACUUGAUUGAAAGUUGAAGAAAAUACUAUUAUUUUGUACUUUUUUCUACAAAGUACAUUGGUUAUUAGAGGACUGACUCCUAUUUAUCAGUAUACAUCACGUAUACAUCAUGCCCAUAGCAGUAAACGUUAAAGAACAACAGAUAGGUUCAUUUUUGAAACUUACAUGUAUAGUAAACAUUUUUCAUGAACAUGAAAAUCCUUAUAUGGAAAAAAUAAUUACUGGUUUCAAUGUGAAUGAAUUGGCUAUGGUAGAUGUGAAAUUUGAUUAUAAUAAAAGACAAAAACCUCUUAAUUGUAGUAUUUUAGCACUGAAUCAUGAAAAAGCUAAAUAUGGUAAAAUCAAAGUAAAAGUAUCUUGUCAAGAAGCAGAUGAACCAAGUUAUUCAGAAUGGAUUUGCAAUGAUCAAUAUAAGCUGAUUGGAGGGAGACUAAUUUGUGAUGUAUACUUAAAUGAUGUGUACACAAGCCUUUGGAAUAUUAAUAUCACUGCAAACAAGGUUGAAGAGUCAUUCCUAACGAAUUUUUAUAAUGACAUUGAUUUUACUGACUUUAACUUGAGUGCGCUUGAUGGAAGUGUGGCAGUCCAUAGGGCAUAUUUAGCGGCCCAUAGCGAUGUGUUCCGAGCAAUGUUAAGGAAAGAGUGGAAGGAGGCAACGGAGGGCUGUGUCCAGAUAGAAGGAGUCACUCGGCAGACCCUCCAGCACUUGAAGGAUUACAUGUACCUCCGCACUUUGCCUGAUAAAGGCCUUGAGCCCCUACUAUUGCUAGCUUCAUACUACUUAAUGGAUGAUCUGAAAGAACAGUGUGUCUCAAAGCUGGCUCUUAAUUGUACAUCUAAAGAGUGGAGUAGACUUCUAGAAUUUGCUGCAGUAAAUAAAGUAUCUGAUUUAAUAAGUGGCCUGAUGCUGAAUCCCUCAACGGCUGUUCAAAAGAAGGUGGAGGACCUUGAAGAUGAGGAUUAAAAACAAUAUGUAGUAUUUUCUAUAAAAAGGGACCUAUUGUCUAUGGCGCUUACGCCAUUAUAAACGAUGCUCCCAUAUAAAUACAAUGCCGCGCUACGCUGUGCGUGCGGCGUAAGCGCCAUCGACAAUAAGGUCCCUUUUCAUAGAAAAUGCCCCAUAUAUUUAUUGGAGACAAUAAUUUUUAUGUUAAAAAAGAAGAAUUCAAAAUAUUUUAUACAUUAAAUAAUUACCCUAAAACUUUAUUUUAUGGUUUCCUCUCCCUUGAGUAGGGAACUAUGAAAGCACCCAUGAGGCUGACAUGUUCACCUAGAGUGUCCAAAGCCUCUAUAAAAACUGAAUAAAAAAAAAUUGUUUAAUGUUAGUAUGACUUAC